AUGUAUUCUAGUGCUAAAGACACACAUCGACCGUCACAAUAUCCCGCGUACGCGAGCGUGUUGAACUUUGAUGGAAUAGAGUUUCCAAUGACAUUGCGCCAAAUCGCGCGUUUCGAACGCAACAACAACAAUGUGUUCGUAAACGUGUUUACGGCGGGGGAACAGGGACGCGGAUACGUGCCGUUGCAUCUCACGUCGAACAAGAAGGAGAAGCAUGGAAAUCUACUGUAUGUUCCCGAUCAACACAAUGAACACGUGGGACACUUUGCGUGGAUAAAAAAUUUAUCGCGUUUAGUCAGCUCGCAAUUGAGCAAAAUGAAGACAGCGAAGUAUAUAUGCGAUCGAUGUCUACACUACUUCUACACGAGUGAUAAGCUGAAGGUACACACCGUGGAUUGGACGGGUUCUAAUGGUGGUGUACGCCGACUUGGAGUACGUACUGGAGAAACAGGACAAAGAGGAGAACGCAUCGAGCGCGCACAAAUACAAAGACACAGCGUGUUCAGCAUCGGUUAUUACGCGAGCUGCGAGCACAUUGACAUCGGAUACAGAUCUCAUAGAGGCGAGAACUGUGUGCAGUGGUUCGUAAACAAACUGCACGAUCUCGCGAAACGUGCGAAGAACUUGUUCGCAACAAAUGUACCCAUGGCAAAUCUCACACCAGCGGAGUUCGAGCGGAUUACGAACGCCGAGUGUUGCAACAUCUGGGAACGACCGUUCGAGCGAGAUGACACAAGAGUGCGCAAUCACUGUCAUCUGACGGGACGUUUCAGAGGACCCGCGCACUCCGCGUGCAAUCUGAAUUACAAACAGGUCUACAUUGUUCCCGUUGUGUUCCACAACUUGUCGNGAUACGACGCGCAUUUUAUUAUCAAGGAUGUGGCCACCGCUUAUGAGGGCGAGAUCAACGUGCUGCCCGUGACAAAAGAGACCUACAUAUCGUUCACAAAACAUAAAUUUCUGAGCACAAGCUUAGAAAAGCUCGCGUUCUAUCUCGACAAGAGCGAACUGCGAAUGACUCGAACGGAAUUCAACGAUCUCUCCACCGAGAACUUCGAACUGCUCACGCGAAAAGGUGUGUUUCCAUACGAAUACGUGGACAGCGUUGACAAAUUGUUAAAAACAGGUUUGCCGCCGCGCGAGGCGUUUUACAGUUCGCUGACCGGCGAGACUGUGACGGAGAGUGAGUACGCGACAAAUGUCUGGCGACGAUUUAACAUCGACAAUUUGGGAUCUUACAGCAACCUGUAUCUGAAGACAGACGUUCUUUUGCUGGUUGAUGUAUUCGAAAACUGUCGUCGCGAGAGCCUCGCGAGUUACGGACUGAAUCCCGCGCACUACUACACGCUGCCAGGAUAUACAUGGGACGCCAUGUUGAAGUACACUCGUGUGACGUGUGAGCUGCUGACAGACAACGACAUGUUGAUGUUCGUGGAACGCGGCAUACGCGGCAGUUUGAGUCAAUGUUCAAACAGAUACGCCCGCGCCAACAACAGGUACGCGCAAUCGUACGAUCCAUCCGAACUGUCGUCGUAUCUGACGUACUACAACGUAAACAAUCUCUACGGAUGGGCGAUGUAUCAACCGCUUCCAUAUGGUAACUUUGCGUGGGUGGAGAACGCGUACGAGGUCGAUGGGACAACGGUCGCCGCGGACAGCGACGUUGGCUACAUCUUCGAGGUCGAUCUGACGUAUCCGAAAGAGCUGCACGACGCGGACAGAGAUCUACCCUUUUGUUUAACGCGUAAGGUGCCGCCUGGUAAACAUGGAAAGAAUCACGUCAAACUGCUCGCCACAGUGUUCAACAAGAAGCGAUUCGUAAAUGACUACCUGAACCUGCAGCAGUGUCUGCGAUACGGGAUUCGCCUGACGCGAAUACAUCGAAUACUGCGGUUCUCGCAAUCGCCUUGGCUGCGCGGAUACAUCGAACUGAAUACCCAAUUCUGCGCGAACGCCACCAACGAGUUUGCAACAAAUCUUUAUAAACUUAUGAACAACGCGGUGUUCGGCAAGACAAUGGAGAACGUGCGCAAGUACACCGACGUACGAUUUGUUACAAAAUGGGAAGAACGAUGCGGUGCGGAGGCGCUAAUUGCAAAACCAAACAUCCACAGCCGCAGCGUGUUCCCUGAAGAUUUAGUGGCAAUAGAACUGCGUCGUCUGGAAGUUUUAUUCAACAAACCGUUGUAUGUUGGUAUGUGCAUACUCGACAUAUUGAAGACCUGUCUGUAUGAAUUUUAUUACGACUACAUGGCGCCGUUGUACGGUUACGACUGCAAGAUCCUCUACACCGAUACCGAUAGUUUGAUAUACCACAUAAAGUGCGAGGACGUACCGGAACUUAUAAAGAAUGAGAACAACGGUGCUGUUAUGACGGAGUUUGUGGGUUUGCGCGCAAAGAUGACUCGAGUGGGCGACAGCAAGUGCACGAAGAAGGUGAAAGGUGUGAAGAGAAGCGUCGUCGCGAGAACGAUCACCUUCGACGACUACGUGCAAUGUCUGCGGAACGCAACCGAACUGACGCGACANCAGUCGUGCAUACGAUCUCGGUUGCACGAAGUGUUCACCAUGUCGGAACGGAAGCUCGCUCUGAGCCCGCACGACGACAAGCGGUACAUCAUCCAUGGAUCGACCGACACCUUACCGUGCCACUACAAGAUCCCUAACUUAGUCUAG